UGUGCAGAUGUGCAGUGCAAUGAGAUUAUGAGAAGACUUUGGUAUUAUUUACAAAUAUUACAGUAAUCGAAAAUGUCACAACAUCAAGAAAAUGUGGAAACUGCAGAUGAAGACGAAAACGUUAGCAAUAGCAUUUUAAUGUUUUUGCAGCCAUUAGCCAAUGUUGUUGAUUCAGAUACAUCAGAUGAUGAUAUUCCUAUAUCUCGAGAAGGAGAUUUUGAUUUGGAUUUACCUACAACACACAGGUACUUGGGAAAACUAGACAAUGUUAGAGGAUACACACUAUUUGAGGAUGGAGUGGUGAUAAACACAUUAGCAAUAUAUACUACAACUAUGGUCUUUCCAGGAUUUACUCUACCUUUGGUUAUAAAUAUGUAUAUGGAAACCUCAAUUAUAAAAAAAUUCCUUGAAAAGGAAAAUGUUUUUGUGUUGUUAUGUGCAAACUCAAAUCACACUGGUGUUUAUGAAUAUGGCGUUACAAUGGAAGUAUUUGAAACGCAAGAUAAACACUACGCCCUCAGCAUCAAAGCACGCGGAAGACAGAGAUGCAUGCUUGUGCCCGGAAUGGAGCAAAAAGCAUUAACUGGUAGACUGAAAAAAGUGACUGUACAAAUAUUACCCGAACCUAGUAUAUCAACCCCCCUUUGUGAUACGCAGAUGCUAAAUUUGAAACAGAAGAGACCGUUUACCUCUACAGAUUUUAAUGAUGUAAAGAAAAAUUACAAGUAUAGAAGGUAUCAUUUGGCACAAUUCCCCUUUUCUUCUUGGGUUUAUGAUAACAAUGAAAUAAGCUACUAUGUUAAGUCAAUACUUAAAUAUCUAUCCCAUUACAGUGCAGAAUAUGUGCCCCAAGAUCCUAUAAAGUUAAGUUAUUGGUUUGUACAGAAUUAUCAGCUAAGCCACGAUGAGAGAUUAUAUAUUCUAAAACUCAAUUCGGCUCUAGAGAGGCUAAAACUGGAAUAUAAACUGUUACAAUUAAAACGGAUUAUGUGCUGUAAUAGCUGUGGAGUACAAAUUACAGAUCCUAGUGAAGUAUUUGCUAUGUCUAAAGAUGGUAUUCAGAGUAAUUAUGUGAACCCAGGUGGGCAUGUGUAUGAAACAGUAACAGUAAUGAAUGCACAAAACUUUAAGUUGGAAGGUAAUCCUUCUACACAAUUUUCAUGGUUUCCCGGGUAUACAUGGACAAUUAUGCAGUGCAAGAGUUGUGAAAAUCAUUUAGGAUGGAAGUUUUCUAGUCCCCUGUUGAGGCCUCCUUCGUUUUAUGGCCUUGCUAAGGGGGGAUUUAAAGUUGUAAUCUGCGAUAGAUCUGGUCCGGAUUAUUCUCCUUACGUCAAAACUAAACAUGUUAGUUUUUCUAGGGAUUAUAUACCAAUAUAAGUAAGGUA